AUGUACACUUCAACCAUCGCCCUUGCUAUUGCUCCCCUUCUCCUCCUCGCCCGCGCAGAUGUCAGUCUUGAUCGCGAUGACAUCCCCCGCGCAUGCGACGCCAUCUGCAACCCCAUCGUCGACCUGACCCGGGCUUGCGACACCGACCUCCGAGGAGAUCGUGACCGCGAAGAGGACCGUCUUGAGGCUCAAUGUGUCUGCACCAAUGAUUCCUUCAACGUCGCUAGCGUCGCUGCUCUUUGCGCCGACUGUAUUCAUCAGAAUGCGCCUCGCGACAAUGACGACGACGACGACGAUGACGAUGAUCGCCGCGAUGAUACCAAGGACAUUGAUGAUAUCCUUUACACUUGCGGCUUUGCUUCCACUACCUACGUCGCUUCUGCCGCUUCCGCUGCUGUCUCGGGCGUCACUGUCGAUGCCAGCCGUCCUACUGACGCUUCUCAAUUGACCACCACCAUCAUUGCUGGUGCUACUGGAACUCGAGGUAGCAGUGAUCCUUCCAACACUGGUAGCAGCGGCGGUAGCGGAAACAACGACGACAACAAUGAUAACAGCAACAACAAUGAUGCUUCUGCCACCAACGACGCUGCCAGCCCUGAUGAGACCAACGCUGCUGCUGCCAUGGCCCCUGUUGCAUUCGUCGGCGCCGCUGUCGGUGCUGCCAUGCUCCUUGUUUAA